AUUUAUAAGAGAAGACAUAGCGAAACUAGCUCACGAAUAAAAAAAUAAAACAUGAAGCUCAUCGUGGUGUUUGCUGCUGUUCUGGCCGUUGCCCUUGCUGCCCCCGUUGACGAGAAAGACGCUCACGUUGUGCAGUACGAGAACGAUCACCAGGGAAUUGGCGGUUACAAUCUUAAAUAUGAAACCAGCAACGGCAUCCAGCAGGUAGAACAGGCUCAGCUCAAGAAAUUCGAUGAUGAGGUCAGUGCCCUUGUUGUUCGCGGCUCGUACUCCUAUGUCGGCGACGAUGGACAGACCUACACUGUGAACUACAUUGCGGAUGAGAACGGAUUCCAGCCGGAGGCGGCCCAUAUUCCUCGUGCUUAAAUGUUUGGUGACUGGUGCGCCGUUUUUUUGUUAUAUUUAGGAUCUAGUGACGAAAUAAAUCGAUGCUGUGAGUCUUUUUUA